UUCACAGGGUUAAGACGGCCUACUUCAUAAUGAAGAAAUGUAUACAUCUACUCUUGAUAUUGGUGCACCAUGUUUUGACAAGGUGAAAGUUGUGACAGGGAAUCUUUCCCCCUGGGUGUGUUUCUCCCAGAAGAGUUGGGAAUGAAGGAGUGGCCUAAUGAAAAAGGGAAGGUAUAAAGGAGUUCAUAAAUAUGUGUGUGUGGAUUCCUGCUAUAGCUGUCUAGCUGUCACCUCAACAACACAGCAACAACCUGGUUCUACAGUGUUACAUCUGAGGAGACCAGUGAAUAACAGAUACUAUGGAAGUAGGUAUCUCACCUCCUCCAACCUCUGCACUGACAACUACCGACUGAGAACACAGCUCUCACUGUCUCAGUGUUCUUGGAGUAUAUAACCGUUGUUAUUCUGAGAUAUUUCUUGAAUUCUUGAAUGUCAUGUCUGAAUAGGCCUCUCUAUCUGUGUGUGCAUGAGGGUUUUAGCGUGCAUGUGUGCAUGUCUGCAUGUGUGUGUGUCUCUGACUGUGUAUGCGUGUACCCUUCUUGUCCCACCAGCUCUCUGAUGCUCUGUGUGGCUGUUCGUCCUCUGGUUCUACCCCCCAGGGCAGCAACAGCAUCUGGCCCAGCCAGAACCAAACAGGGGGUCCUGCCUGGCCGGCACAGCCCACCCAGCCCCCAUCUUGCUGGCCUGGGCAACCCAACACCCCCUGCUGGCCUGGGCCACAACCAUCCCAACCAGCUCAAGCUUCAGCCCAAAACUGGCCUGGUCCCCAACCACAACCACCCCAACCAGCCCCAUCCCAUCCCUGCCAGCCAUGCUGGCCUGGACCCCAGCCUCCCCAAUUCCAGCCCCAGCCUCCCCAACCCCAGCCGCAGCCCCAACCUCAGCCUGCACCCCAGCCUUUUCAACCUACAGCUUCAGCCCCGGCUUCUUCCCAAGUCCCCAGCCAACCUAGUGCCCCAAGGUGGCCGGUUACCCAAGGCCUUAUCCCAGGUGUUAACCCAGGGUCUGGAUGGCCUUUCAGCCCUGGUCAGUCUGGUUGGCCUGGUCAGAAUCCAGGUGGCUUUACACCUGCUCCACAGUGGACUCCAACGCCAGCUGGACGUCUGAGCGUGCCCUACAACCUGAACCUACAAAGAGGCAUCUACGACAAGAUGAUGAUCACCAUCAUGGGCCGGGUCAAACCAAAUGCUAAGCAGUUCACAGUGAACUUUGUGCGAGGUAAUGACAUUGCCUUCCACCUCAACCCUCGGUUCAACGACGGGGGCAAGCAGGCAGUGGUGAGGAACACUAUGGUGGGAGAGCGCUGGGGGAAGGAGGAGAGGCACACACAGGGAGGAUUCCCCUUCAUGGCUGGACAGUCCUUCGAGAUGAAGAUUCUGGUUACGUUUGAGGAGUUCAAGGUGGCUGUGAACGGAGCUCAGCUGUUUGAGUUCAAACACCGCGUCAGAGAACUCAACCAGAUCGAUCGCAUCAACAUCCUCCAGGAUGUCAUCCUCACCUACGUCAACGUAGACACAAUACCAUGACACCCACACCCAUGACAUCACUAUACAGCAUAUAACACCCAGCAUGUGCUAAAUACAUACAAUUAAUUAUUUGCACCUGUUUCAUGAUGAUGAUGAUGAUGAUGAUGAGCUGUGCUCAUUCUGUGGUGCACACACAGUACUGCGUUAAUGCUCACUAACUCUGUCCAUGUGCAAAUAUAUGUGAUCUUAGGACAAACAAAAAAUCUAUUUUUAAAUGCUUUUUUAAACUCAUCAUCUCCAACAUUGUGAGCAUCCAUUACAGAGCUUUGCUUUGGUGUAGUUUGAGGCCUCUCCAUUCACAACAGUUGUGUUCUUCUACUGAAUUCUCUUUUCCUGAUGUCUGUUGGGGAUUCUUUUUCUGCUUGCCAAUGCAAAGUCUACAAACCUACCGUGUAAGAGCAGACCGACCUACGUAUUGAAUAGGCCUACAUGGGAAGAAUCCUGCACAACGUGCACAUUUCGCAUUUCAUUUUUGAUCAUGAACAAGUAUUUGAUUCGAUGUGUAUGAAAAUGAUUGGUGACAUAUGCAUAAAAGGUGAGUCAUUUGCCAUAAUUUGUAAACCUUUUGAUAGUCGAUUUUCCAAUUUUGAUAGUUUAGUGACCGCAAAGACGUUAAUGAAAUGAUUAAGUGGGAUAUUUUUCAAGGCAUACCUCUAGUCAGCUUGACUCUAGAGAUAUGCAUGUAUAGUUUUUAUUACUCUUUAUGCAGGCAGUUAUGUUCUUUUGAUUUAUUUGAUGUUUUGAGAAGGCAACUACAUUUUCAAAAUGCAUUUACUGUUUUGAAAAAGGCCACAGAGUUCUGAGACUUGUGUAACACUGAAUAUUUUCCUGAUAAUAUACAGCUGGCAAUAUAUAGUUUUUCUCCAUUUCUGGAACAAUGUUGUAAAUUUUUUUUUCAAUAUAUGGCCAUACAUAAAAAAUGACAUUUAAUUGA